CACAUGCCCCGUUUGCUGCCUGCGCCUCUCCACAAAGACUACCAAAUCCUGUAGAAUUGAACUUAAUCAUCUCCUGACAAAAGAAUGCAAUUUCAACUGACCCUUUUUUUGCACCUUGGGUGGCUCAUUUACUCAAAAGCUCAAGAUGACUGCAACAGGGGUGCCUGUCAUCCCACCACCGGCGAUCUCCUGGUGGGUAGGAACACACAGCUUAUGGCUUCUUCUACCUGUGGGCUGAGCAGAGCCCAGAAAUACUGCAUCCUCAGUUACCUGGAGGGGGAACAAAAAUGCUUCAUCUGUGACUCUAGAUUUCCAUAUGAUCCAUACGCCCAACCCAAUAGCCACACCAUUGAGAAUGUCAUUGUAAGUUUUGAACCAGACAGAGAAAAGAAAUGGUGGCAGUCUGAAAAUGGUCUUGAUCAUGUCAGCAUCAGACUGGACUUAGAGGCAUUAUUUCGGUUCAGCCACCUUAUCUUGACCUUUAAGACUUUUCGGCCUGCUGCAAUGUUAGUUGAACGUUCCACAGACUAUGGACACACCUGGAAAGUGUUCAAAUAUUUUGCAAAAGACUGUGCCACUUCCUUUCCUAACAUCACACCUGGCCAGGCCCAGGGAGUGGGAGACAUUGUUUGUGACUCCAAAUACUCGGAUAUUGAACCCUCAACAGGUGGAGAGGUUGUUUUGAAAGUUUUGGAUCCCAGUUUUGAAAUUGAAAACCCUUAUAGCCCCUACAUCCAAGACCUUGUGACAUUGACAAACCUGAGGAUAAACUUUACCAAGCUCCACACCCUUGGGGAUACUUUGCUUGGAAGGAGGCAAAAUGAUUCCCUUGAUAAAUACUACUAUGCUCUGUACGAGAUGGUUGUUCGGGGAAGCUGCUUUUGCAAUGGCCAUGCUAGCGAAUGUCGCCCUAUGCAGAAGGUGCGGGGAGAUGUUUUCAGCCCUCCUGGAAUGGUUCACGGUCAGUGUGUCUGUCAGCACAAUACAGAUGGUCCAAACUGUGAGAGAUGCAAGGACUUCUUCCAGGAUGCUCCUUGGAGGCCAGCUGCAGACCUCCAGGACAACGCUUGCAGAUCGUGCAGCUGUAACAGCCACUCCAGCCGCUGUCACUUCGACAUGACUAUGUACCUGGCAAGCGGUGGCCUCAGCGGGGGCGUGUGUGAAGACUGCCAGCACAACACUGAGGGGCAGCACUGCGACCGCUGCAGGCCCCUCUUCUACAGGGACCCCCUCAAGACCAUCUCGGAUCCCUACGCGUGCAUUCCUUGUGAAUGUGACCCUGAUGGGACCAUAUCUGGUGGUAUUUGUGUGAGCCACUCUGAUCCUGCCUUAGGGUCUGUGGCUGGCCAGUGCCUUUGUAAAGAAAACGUGGAAGGAGCCAAAUGCGACCAGUGCAAGCCCAACCACUACGGACUGAGCGCCACUGACCCCUUGGGCUGCCAGCCCUGCGACUGUAACCCCCUUGGGAGUCUGCCACUCUUGACCUGUGAUGUGGAUACAGGCCAAUGCUUGUGCCUGUCAUAUGUCACCGGAGCACACUGCGAAGAAUGCACUGUUGGAUACUGGGGCCUGGGAAAUCAUCUCCAUGGGUGUUCUCCCUGUGACUGUGAUAUUGGAGGUGCUUAUUCUAACAUGUGUUCACCCAAGAAUGGGCAGUGUGAAUGCCGCCCACAUGUCACUGGCCGUAGCUGCUCUGAACCAGCCCCUGGCUACUUCUUUGCUCCUUUGAAUUUCUAUCUCUACGAGGCAGAGGAAGCCACGCCACUCCAAGGACUGGCGCCUUUGGGCUCAGAAACUUUUGGCCAGAGUCCUGCUGUUCACAUUGUUUUAGGAGAGCCAGUUCCUGGGAACCCUGUUACAUGGACUGGACCUGGAUUUGCCAGGGUUCUCCCUGGGGCUGGCUUGAGAUUUGCUGUCAACAACAUUCCCUUUCCUGUGGACUUCACCAUUGCCAUUCGCUAUGAAACCCAGUCUGCAGCUGACUGGACUGUCCAGAUCGUGGUGAACCCCUCUCGAGGGAGUGAGCACUGCGCACCCAAGACUUCACAGUCAAAGCCUCAGUCUUUUGCCUUACCAGCGGCUACCAGAAUCAUGCUGCUUCCCACACCCAUCUGUUUAGAACCAGAUGUACAAUAUUUCAUAGACGUCUAUUUUUCUCAGCCUUUGGAAAGAGAGUCCUACACUCAUUCACACGUCCUGGUGGACUCCCUUGGCCUUAUUCCCCAAAUCAAUUCAUUGGAGAAUUUCUGCAGCAAGCAGGACUUAGAUGAGUAUCAGCUUCACAACUGUGUUGAAAUUGCCUCAGCAAUGGGACCUCAAGUGCUCCCGGGUGCCUGUGAAAGGCUGAUCAUCAGCAUGUCCGCCAAGCUGCAUGAUGGGGCUGUGGCCUGCAAGUGUCACCCCCAGGGCUCAGUCGGAUCCAGCUGUAGUCGACUUGGAGGCCAGUGCCAGUGUAAAUCUCUUGUGGUCGGGCGCUGCUGUGAUAGGUGCUCACCUGGAAGCUAUGGUUUGGGGCAUCAUGGCUGUCACCCAUGUCACUGCCAUCCUCAAGGAUCAAAGGACACUGUGUGUGACCUAGUAACAGGACAGUGCCCCUGCCAUGGAGAGGUGUCUGGCCGCCGCUGUGAUCGCUGCCUGGCAGGCUACUUUGGAUUUCCCAGCUGCCACUCUUGCCCUUGUAAUGGGUUUGCUGAACUUUGUGAUCCUGAGACGGGGUCAUGCUUCAAUUGUGGAGGCUUUACAACUGGCAGAAACUGUGAAAGGUGUAUUGAUGGUUACUAUGGAAAUCCUUCUUCAGGACAGCCCUGUCGUCCUUGCCUGUGUCCGGAUGAUCCCUCAAGCAAUCAGUAUUUUGCCCAUUCCUGUUAUCAGAAUCUGUGGAGCUCAGAUGUAAUCUGCAAUUGUCUUCAAGGUUAUACAGGUACUCAGUGUGGAGAAUGCUCUACUGGUUUCUAUGGAAAUCCAAGAAUUUCAGGAGCACCUUGCCAACCAUGUCCCUGCAACAACAAUAUAGAUGUAACCGAUCCAGAGUCCUGCAGCCGGGUAACAGGGGAGUGCCUUCGAUGUUUGCACAACACUCAGGGUACAAACUGCCAGCUCUGCAAACCAGGUCACUAUGGAUCAGCCCUCAAUCAGACCUGCAGAAGAUGCUCCUGCCAUGCUUCUGGUGUGAGUCCCGCGGAGUGUCCCCCUGGUGGGGGAGCUUGCCUCUGUGACCCUGUCACUGGUGCAUGCCCUUGUCUGCCGAAUGUCACAGGUCUGGCCUGUGAUCGUUGUGCUGAUGGAUACUGGAAUCUGGUCCCUGGCAGAGGAUGUCAGUCAUGUGACUGUGACCCUAGGACCUCUCAAAGUAGCCACUGUGACCAGGCAAGAUACUUUAAAACUUACUAUGCAUUUAAACAGGAUUGGCCUUGCAGGGGAUGGAGUCAGCCUCUAUCAAGGAAUGAAAACCAAAAAAAGAGAAUGAGCAUCUCAAAGCUCAGCUUCGCCUACUUCAGUUUUCUCUCUGUGACUGAGGAAGUCAGAAUUCAUACACAAUGGAACACAGACAUCAACCUCACCUUUCACUAUUUCAUACGUACUCAGUGUGGAGAAUGCUCUACUGGUUUCUAUGGAAAUCCAAGAAUUUCAGGAGCACCUUGCCAACCAUGUCCCUGCAACAACAAUAUAGAUGUAACCGAUCCAGAGUCCUGCAGCCGGGUAACAGGGGAGUGCCUUCGAUGUUUGCACAACACUCAGGGUACAAACUGCCAGCUCUGCAAACCAGGUCACUAUGGAUCAGCCCUCAAUCAGACCUGCAGAAGAUGCUCCUGCCAUGCUUCUGGUGUGAGUCCCGCGGAGUGUCCCCCUGGUGGGGGAGCUUGCCUCUGUGACCCUGUCACUGGUGCAUGCCCUUGUCUGCCGAAUGUCACAGGCCUGGCCUGUGAUCGUUGUGCUGAUGGAUACUGGAAUCUGGUCCCUGGCAGAGGAUCAUGUGAUUGCAACAGGGUGGGUACCCAGAAGCCCAUCUGUGAUCCAGACACAGGCAUGUGUCGCUGCCGGGAGGGUGUCAGCGGCCAGAGAUGUGAUCGCUGUGCCCGGGGUCACAGCCAGGAAUUCCCUACUUGUCUUCAGUGUCACUUGUGCUUUGAUCAAUGGGAUCACACCAUUUCUUCCCUCUCCAAAGCGGUGCAAGGGUUAAUGAGACUGGCUGCUAACAUGGAAGAUAAAAGAGAGACCCUGCCUGUCUGUAAGGCAGACUUCAAAGGCCUCAGAGAGAACGUGUCUGAAAUAGAAAGGAUUUUGAAACAUCCUGUUUUCCCAUCUGGGAAAUUCUUAAAAGUCAAGGAUUAUCAUGACUCUGUUAGAAAACAAAUCAUGCAGCUAAAUGAACAAUUGAAAGCAGUGUAUGAAUUUCAAGAUCUGAAACAUACAAUAGAAAGAGCAAAGAAUGAAGCAGACCUCUUACUUGAAGAUCUUCAGAAAGAAAUUGAUUUGCAAUUCAGUGUCCUUAAUGCAAGCAUCGUGGACUCCUCAGAAAACAUCAAGAAAUAUUAUCACAUAUCAUCAUCUGCUGAAAAGAAAAUUAAUGAAACUAGUUCUACCAUUAAUACCUCUGCAAAUACCAGGAAUGACUUUCUUACCAUCUUAAAUACAUUAACCUCCAAAGGAAACUUGUCAUUGGAAAAAUUAAAGCAGAUUAAGAUACCAGAUAUCCAAAUAUUGAAUGAAAAGGUGUGUGGAGAUCCAGGAAAUGUGCCAUGUGUUGUGCCCUUGCCCUGUGGCGGUGCUGUCUGCAUGGGCCAGGAAGGGCACAGGAAGUGUGGGGGUGCCGGCUGUCAUGGCUCCCUGACCCUCUCAACGAAUGCCCUCCAAAAAGCCCAGGAAGCAAAAUCUGUUAUUCGUAAUUUAGACAAACAGGUUCAUGGGUUGAAGAAUCAGAUCAAAAAUAUAAGUAAACUGGCAGAAGUCUCCAAAAACAAUGCCUUACAGCUAAGGGAAAAACUGGGAAAUACAAGAAACCAAAGUGACUCUGAAGAAGAAAAACUCAAUCUUUUCAUCAAAAAAGUGAAAAACUUUUUGUUAGAGGAAAACGUGCCUCCAGAAGACAUCGAGAAGGUUGCAAAUGGUGUACUUGACAUUCACCUACCAAUUCCAUCCCAAAAUCUAACGGAUGAAGUUAACAAAAUACAGAAACUUAUGCAACUCUGUAAGGAUUACAGGUCAGAUGAAAACAGGCUAAGUGAAGAAGCAGAUGGAGCCCAAAAGCUUCUGGUGAAGGCUAAAGCAGCUGAGAAAGCAGCAAAUGUUCUAUUAAAUCUUGACAAAACAUUGAACCAGUUGCAACAAGCUCAAAUCACUCAUGGACGGGCAAACUCUACCAUUACACAGCUGACUGCCAAUAUAACAAAAAUAAAAAAGAAUGUGCUGCAGGCUGAAAAUCAAACCAGGGAAAUGAAGAAUGAGCUGGAGUCAGCAAAGCAGCGAUCAGGGCUGGAGGAUGGACUUGCCCUGCUGCAGACCAAGUUGCAAAGGCAUGAAGACCACGCUGUCAAUGUGAAAGUUCAGGCUGAAUCUGCCCAACACCAGGCUGGGAGUCUUGAGAAGGAAUUUGUUGAGCUGAAAAAACAAUAUGCUAUGCUCCAGCAUAAGACAAGCACUACAGGACUAACAAAGGAAACAUUAGGAAAAGUUAAACAGCUAAAAGAUGCUGCAGAAAAAUUGGCUGGAGAUACAGAGGACAAGAUAAGAAGAAUAACAGAUUUAGAAAGGAAAAUCCAAGAUUUGAAUCUAAGUAGACAAGCAAAAGCUGAUCAACUGAGAAUAUUGGAAGAUCAAGUUGUUGCCAUUAAAAAUGAAAUCGUUGAACAAGAAAAAAAAUAUGCUACGUGCUAUAGCUAGGCAGAGUUAAAGUGCAAAAGCUUGUGCCUUUGUUUCUGGUUUCUGAUGUACAAGCCCAUGGGGCUCUGUUGAACCUGUGAAAUACUGAGAAUGUCUUCUACCUUCCUUCCCCACAGCCUGUCCUUAUUACACACCUGCUCAGUGUGGUUGGAGGUUGAAAUGCCACCAGGAAAAUGCCACUUCAUAACUGAAAGGGGAAAGUAAUGAGAUUGUCUCUGGUUUCAGAAACCUUUCCUCUUGCCUUCCUUUCUCUUUCCUAACUUAAAAAUAACAGGUUCCAUAUAACAAGUAGAAAUUUAAGUAAGUACUCUACUUACUAAUAAUCAUUUCAGUCAAAUAAACCUAAACAUUAAAUAAAUAUCUCCAAUACUAGGAUGGAAUACAUAUGGAUGGCAUGUACUAGAUUGCCCUAGAUUUUAUGUUUAUUUGGAUUUACUUUUAUUUGCAAAACUAUUCUUUUGUGAAUAAACUGCAUA